AUGACCGUAGUCGAUAUCGCAACAGUAAUCGACUCAAUGGCACCUUUAGAACAAACCAAUGCAUCUGAACCCUCGAUUAGUGAAGAAUCAUUAGAAUGGCAUCACUUCUUAUCAACAAAUGAUGAAUGCAACUCAAGAGUCAGUAAAAUUGCCGGAUCUCCGCCACCAAGCUGUAGUGACACGAGGAUAAUGCUCGAAGAAAAUAAAUCUCCCAUUUCUACACCAAGAACGAUAGAGACUUCUGCAUUGCAUUCUGUUAUCCCCAAAUCUGUCACCUCAACAAAUAUUGCGUGGAACAAUUUUUUGCACACUAGUGACAUAACUUCGAAUGUUGAUUUUGAGAGUGCCCAAGAUGACAAUGAAAAAUUUGACAUUUAUUCUUCAUUAAGUAUACUUGAUAGUCCUAAAUUAAGUUCUAAACAAAUAAUUGCAAGUAAAAGGCGCAAGAGAAUUAACCCUGACGAGUUUUCCGAAAACUCUAAUAAUAAUGAGGGUAAUUUAUGUGUGCAAUUUCUUUUUGAUGCAUUAAACCUAUCAGUAUGCGCAGCAAAAAACGAUUAUAAAAAUUUUUUUGCAAAAAAAAAUUCAGAUUAUAUAAAAGAAAACGAGCAAUUCAACUAUAAUCAAGAUAUUAUAAUUGGCCAAAAUGUUUUGAAUCGCAUCCAUAAUCUCGAAGUGAAAAAUGCUUGCCUUCAAUUGGAAUUAAGUUUUUUGAAACAGGAUAUGAAAUGUCUAAUGAAGGCCACGAAGAAUAGUAGUAAUGAAACUCCGGAUGAACCACAUAGUUCUAAUAUUCAAACGCAAACGGAUGAGUUUGAACAAGUCUCUGUUACAAACAUUGAACCAUCAAUAAAGCAAGAUUUUAUGGAAUCUUAUGAAACAAAUCAAGACCCAUCUCAGACUAACGAACAAAACCGCUUUGUGAAUGAACCAUCUCAAGAUGAAGUUUCCCAAGAUUCAACUAAUGCGUCUUUUUCUUUAGUCAAUAUCCCAACAUCAGGCGAUUUAACUCAUUCCGUUUCUGAUCACGUGAAAGCGUGUACAAAAAAUAUCCAAUCGUCUGUUUCAUUGAUGUCGCCAACGACAAAUUUUAGUAAUUGGGAGACCUUACCUGAGAUGAUGAAUUCAGACAUGUGUCUUUUUGAUGCACUAGAUGACGAUGAUGAUCCACAAAAGUGUCUCGAAAUAUCUAAGGACUAA